CCUCCUUCUAACAACUCCACUCUAGCAUCUACCGUGGUGUCAAGGGUGCGGAGCAGGGGCGGUUGCCUAGGAGACGGCAGUACAACAUGGCGCCCUGACGGAGAGUCAGUGAACUGCUCCUGGAGUGCGUGAGAGCGGAGGGGGGAGAGAUGCCGGUGCCGGCGGCGAGUGCUGUGUGAGAGGCUCCUCCGGGCGACGGCAGCACCAUGAACAAAUAUAAAACAAUCCAGAAAAUAGGGGAAGGGACGUUUUCAGAAGUGGUGAAGGCGCAGAGUUUAAAAGAUGGCCACCACUACGCGUGUAAGAAGAUGAAGCAGCUGUAUAAAAGCAUUGACCAGGUAAACAACGUGAGAGAGAUUCAGGCGCUGCGAAGACUCAGCCCGCACCCCAAUAUCCUCGCACUGCAUGAAGUGCUCUAUGACCGAAAAUCGGGAUGCCUCGCCCUGAUCUGCGAGCUGAUGGAUAUGAACAUCUAUGAGUUGAUUAGACAGAGACGACAGCCCCUACCGGAAAAUAAAAUCAGGAAUUACAUGUACCAGCUGUGUAAAUCUCUGGAGCACAUUCACAGAAAUGGCAUUUUUCACCGUGACGUAAAGCCAGAGAACAUUCUGAUAAAGCAAGACGUUCUCAAGCUCGCAGACUUCGGCUCGUGUCGUAGUGUCUUCUCCAAGCAGCCCUACACGGAGUAUAUCUCUACCCGCUGGUACCGAGCCCCAGAAUGCCUGCUGACUGAUGGAUACUACACCUACAAGAUGGACGUGUGGAGCGCCGGCUGCGUGUUCUAUGAAAUCUGCAGCCUCCAUCCUCUCUUUCCUGGCUUGAAUGAACUAGACCAGAUAUCCAAGAUCCAUGACGUCGUGGGCACUCCGGCCUCGGCCGUACUGCGGAAGUUUAAACAGUCAAGAGCAAUGAAUUUUGACUUCCCACCCAAGAAGGGGAGCGGGAUCAGACAGCUGAUACCCGGCAUCUCGCCUGACAGCAUCUCUCUGAUGUCCGCUAUGCUGGAAUACGAUCCCGAUGACAGACUCAGCGCCAGCAAGGCCCUCCAGCAUCCAUAUUUUGAGGAGCCCAGGACAUUAGAGAAGCAUUCCCUCCAUUGUAAGAUAGGACUGACGGAGAAAUCCAACACUGCGGCCUCAAUGAAUUACUUGAUGCGAAUCGCAGGCCAGGGGCGAAGGCAGCAGGCCAUGAAGCCACUACCAGAACUUGCUUUCCAGCACCACAGACCUACCUUCCCAAUGGAGCUGCCAAAACUUAAUGUACCCGGGGUAUCAAAGACUGUACCCUUCUCCACGCUUAAGUUUCAAUCCGUUUUUCCUACUCCUGGAAACAGCGGAAAACUCCCCGUCAUCCCAAGCGUGAAGUACAUAGACACCAAGUUUGACAUCCACCAGCACGGGAAGUCCAUGAUGAAGCCGUAUCACUUACCUUCCCUAGAGAGAAAAGGAGGAGGAUUCUGAACUCUCACACAGACUGUUAACUUAAUGCAAACUGUGCCUUUAACCGAGACCGGCAAGAAACCCAAAAGCCACCGCUGCACCCGCCAAAAAUAAUCUGUUAUCAGAGCCCAACCCCCUCCGGCUCUGUUCCUGGGAUUUAAUUUACUCCACCUCAAAUAUUUAACUAAAUUUUCUCAAACUCAAUUUGCACUUUACAAACGGAUCUGAAAAAAAAAUUGUAAUAAUUCUCCACCGAUCUUUGCCGUCUUUGAUUGUACCGUAAUUUUUUUUUAAAUGUUUUAUAUUAAAUCUGAACAU